UCUUGUUCGAUUAAUAAGUGAUUACGUGAUGUUUCUGCCCAGGGACGGCUUACACACGUGCCCUUUGAUCCAUAGAGAGUUCUAUAAAUGCUCAGCUUACAGCCUGCGACAGGUCAUUAGCAUUUUGCUAAUGUAACACUCCAUCAUGGCUCCGCUACAUGCCUCACUGAUCACUGGAUUACUUCUCCUUGUCUCCUUUCACUGGACUCUGUCAGUCAUUCCAUCUGAGGAGGAGGACCCCCGCUUCUGGAAUGUGAAGGGCAAAGAAGCCUUAUUAACUGCGCUGGAGAUAAAGGCUAAUCUGCACAAAGCCAAGAACCUCAUCCUCUUCCUAGGAGAUGGUAUGGGAGUUCCCACAGUGACAGCAGCAAGGAUUCUGAAAGGACAGAUGGCAGGGAAAACCGGCGAAGAAACUUCUCUAGCCAUGGACACCUUCACCUAUCUGGCUUUGUCCAAGACCUACAAUGUAGAUCAGCAAAUGCCUGACAGUGCUGGCACUGCCACUGCCUACCACUGUGGAGUGAAGGCCAACUACGGCACUCUGGGCCUCUCAGCAGCCGCCCGCCGUGGGGACUGCAGCACUGCCAAAGGCAACGAGGUCAAGUCAGUCCUUCACCGUGCCAGGAUGGCAGGAAAGUCAGUGGGCAUCGUAACAACCACCCGUGUUCAGCAUGUCCCCGCUGCCAGCUACUCACACUCCGCUGACAGAGGCUGGUACGGUGACUUUCAGCUAAAAGAGGAUAAUGUAGUAGGAGACUGCAAGGACAUCUCCUACCAGCUGGUGCACAACACUGAUAUCAAUGUCAUUCUGGGAGGUGGUCGGGAGUAUAUGCUCCCUGAAUACACUCCUGACCCAGAGUACCCAACCAUGAAUGGAAGUCGCCUGGACAAAACCAAUCUUAUUGAUGAGUGGCUUAAGAACAAGCAGAAUGCACAUUAUGUAUGGAACAAAUCACAACUUGAUGCAGUGGAUGAGGAAAAGACCGACUACUUAAUGGGACUCUUUGAGCCAAAGGACACAGACUAUGAGAUCUAUCGAAACAAAACAAAGGAUCCGUCUCUCACAGAAAUGGUGGAGAAAGCCAUCAAAAUCCUACGCAAAAACCCAAACGGAUACUACCUCUUCGUAGAAGGUGGGAGAAUCGACCACGGUCAUCACGGCAGCAGGGCCAAGAGGGCACUGACCGAGGCUGUAGAGUUUGACAAUUCCAUCGCCAGGGCAGCGCAGCUGACCAGUGAGCUGGACACCCUGUCAGUGGUCACGGCUGACCAUUCCCAUGUCUUCUCCUUUGGAGGCUACUCUGCAAGAGGAAAUCCUGUGUUAGGAGUGGCACGUACACUGGCUAGUGACAUGCAGCCAUUCACAACUGCUCUGUAUGGAAAUGGCCCUGGAUAUGUCAAUGGCAGUCGACCAUACGUUAAUGCCUCUACGUCAGACGACAAUGAAUACCGUCAGCAAUCAGCAGUGCCACUGGAUUCUGAAACACAUGGCAUAGAGGAUGUGGCCAUCUUUGCCAAAGGCCCAAUGGCACACCUCUUCCAUGGAGUUCAGGAGCAGAGCUACAUUGCACACGCCAUGGCCUAUGCUGCCUGCCUUGACCCAUACACCGACUGCCCGCGUGAGGUGGCCCCAAGUCCCAUUCCGACACCAGAACCAGACCACGCUGGAUCCAUCCAGUGCAAUCUCCUGGUCCUACUGCUGGGCCUACUGCCUUCUGUCCUCUAUCUGUUCUCUCUCUGAAACCACACACAGGCCGUGGAAUCUCUGAGUCCAGUCUGGUUUUCCUGUCUUGCGACUAGUUGAUUGGGUUCAUAUGUAAUCAAAAUGGGGCAGUAUGGCAUAGAAAAAAAUAAUAAUACUGAUCACAUAAAACAUUCUAAGGUGGGCCUCAUCCUUGCUUCACUAUCACUAUGCUUAUUUAUAUAUUACACUGCACUUGCUAUGCAUCUUAUUUCUUUUAGAUCAAAAUACAUGUAAUUCCUCUGUGAGGAGACAAAACACUUUGUAGCCAUGUUAGAUGCCUCUAAGGUGCUCCUAUGGGUGCUGUGGAUGAUUACAUGAAAGAUGAGAUAUCAUGUAUUAUACGCCAAUAAUUUGUACGAUUAUGAAUUGUGAUACAAUUGUAAUAAAACAAUUUUUCCAAUAAUAAUAAUAACCAAUCA